AAACUCGAGUUUACAAAGUUUCCAUCGGGACACAAACUCCGUCAGCGGACGCCGCAAAGUUACGCAGCGGAGGAGGAAUACCUCUCCAAACUCUCAAUGCGGGACAACAUCACAUACACUUUUGUAGCUUUAUGACAACUUUUUAAAGACUUUGAAGGACUUUUUUAAGUAGACCGAAACUACUUUUACCAAAGAAAGAAAGAAAGAAAGAAAGAAAACAAAACAGGCCCAGCCAAAGAACUUCCUACAGUUUCCAGGAUUAUUUUUUUAAUCGAGUAUUUUCAUACGAUUUUCGGGGUUUGUGUAUUUUAUUAUAUCGAACAAAAUGAGCAGUAACCCUCUCCAGCCGUUACCGGGCCAGCAGGUGAUCCAUGUCGCCAAAGACCUCGACACGGAUCUGGAGGCUCUGUUUAACUCGGUGAUGAACCCCAAGCCCACCAGCUCCUGGAGGAACAAGCAUCUGCCCGAGUCGUUUUUCAGAGAGCCGGACUCGGGCUCGCACUCCCGGCAGUCCAGCACCGACUCCGGCAGCCUCCCUCCGCGCUGCCCGGCGGCGCAUGUCCGCUCGCACUCCUCCCCGGCGUCGCUGCAGCUGCCCGCGGCCGCGCUGGGCGCUCCGAGCCCCGGGAGACACCACUCUCACACCCGGCACCAGUCCUUCGAUGUGGCCGAGGAGCUGCCGCUGCCGCCGGGCUGGGAGAUGGCGUACACCCCCAGCGGACAGAAGUACUUCCUCAAUCAUGUUGAGAAGAUCACCACAUGGCACGACCCCAGGAAGACCAUGACACCCUCGGUGACCCAGAUGGGUCUGCACAAUCAAGCCUCCAACAACGGCAACAUACAGCAGCGCUCCAUGGCCCUCUCUCAACCCAACCUCGUGCUGAGCCAGCAGGCCCAUCAGCAGCACCUCCAGCAGCAGCAGCAGCAGCAGCAGCAGCAGGUUCAGGGCCCCCAGCAGCAGAGCUCUCAGCCCAUGAUGAGCAUGAGCAGCCCCAUGAGCGCCCAGCAGCACCAGCAGAAGAUGAGGCUCCAGCGCAUCCAGAUGGAGCGAGAACGCAUCCAGAGGAGACAGGAGGAGCUCCUGAGACAGGAGGUGGCGCUCCGGCAGCUGCCCAUGGACUCUGAUAAUAUGGCACCGGUUGCACCAAACAUCAGCUCUCCACCAAUGACGCAGGGCAACAUGCCCAACAACAGCUCAGACCCCUUCCUCAACAGCGGGCCGUUUCAUUCGCGGGAGCAGAGCACAGACAGCGGGCUGGGACUGGGCUGCUACAGCAUCCCCACCACUCCUGAGGACUUCCUCAACAGCAUGGAGGAGAUGGACACAGGUGAGAGCAUGGUGCCGGUCAGUAUGAGCGUCCCGCCGCAGAGCCGUUUCCCAGACUUCCUGGACUCCAUGCCCGGCACCAACGUGGACCUGGGCACCCUGGAGGGCGCCGACCUCAUGCCCAUCCUCAACGACGUGGAGUCGGUUCUGAACAAGAGCGAGCCCUUCCUCACCUGGCUCUAGACUCACUCACACCACACUAAAGACUCUUUUAUAUAAAUACAUAUAUUAUAUUAUAUAUUCAAUCAGCCUCUUCCUCGAGUUUCACUUUUUAGGUGUCAGAUUUGUUCCCUCACUUCAUCACGAGUCGAAGAACAAUACCAAAGUGUUUAGCCUGCGAACAAACAAGCGAGCACGCGUCAGUCGAAGCGUAGUGGAGGAAGACGAGCGUGUUUGUUUAGGAACUGAUGGUGGGUAGAUUCUGACUGUUUGUGUUCAGAAUGAUCACGUUGAUAGCAGAAACACCUGAAUAGUGUUUUGAUCAUGUUUAACAGGCACGCUUGUGCAUUUAACCCGGAGUUAGGGUUAGUCAAGCUUUUACCGGGUGAGUCUCACCAAACCUGUCAACAACGUAUGCUAGCUUAUUUCCGAUCAAAAGGUAAACGCGACUUUAUUCACAGUUUUGACUUUUUCUUGCAAUUGUGAAUUUCCGUCUCGCAAUUCUGCAUGUAGUCAGGUGUCUAAAAGUGUAACUGAGAAUUCAGAGAAAAUAGUUCGAAUUACGAGAUUUAAACACCCAAUUGUAAUUAAAAAGAUAGAGUUACGAGAUGCAAACACACAAUACUGACUUGUCUCUCAGAAUUGAAUUUUCUUUGUAAUUUUGACUUUUUCUCAGAAUUGUGAGUUUACAUCUCAUAAUUUGGACUUUUUUUCUCUCAGAAAUGCAAGUUUACUUCUCGUUAUUUUGACUUUCUAAUUUUGAGAAGUAAAUUUUGCGACUCAUAAUUCUGAUGUUUUUCUCAGAACUGCAAGUUAACUGCGUAAUUUAGAUUUUUUUUUUUCUCAGAAUUUAGUUUUCGUUAUUUUGACUUUUAUCAGAAUUGUGGGUUUAUAACUCGCAAUUUUAAGAUAUAUACUUAAAAAAAGUUAAAAUUGUGAAAAAAAUUUUGUGUGUGUUUGUAUAUUUGUGUAUUUCUGGGUAGAAAUAAGCUUUGAUUAAAGAAAUAUAUAUAUUUGGAUCAAUAACAACAAGUAAAUACCUAAAGAAAAUUAAGCCAGUUUUUAUAGGACCAUUAGGAUAUUUUGAAUAUUAAUUAAGCACAUUAAUUAGCACAUUAAAACACUAAUGCGAAUCAUGACUGAGAAUAAGAAUUACGAACAAACUCAAAAAUAGAACAAUCAAAUCAAUCGUUACUGUAAAGUUUUUUUGUUUUUUUUGUUUUUUUUUUGUAUGACAGUAAUGUAAAACCAGUUUUGUCUGUGUUGGUUUUUGAUUUAGAUGUUAUCCUUUCUCAAGGGUGUUUAAUAGUCAGAAAAUCAUAACGGUCCUUACGUUUUCAUGAGAUUCACCCUGCUUUUUCACUUUUUGCCAAAUCAGUAGCACAAGUGUGCCUGUCAAAGCUUUACAUUGUGACUUUAUAUCCGACGAAUAACUAUUUCAGAUGUGUUUUACUCUUAUUCCAGUUUAGCUAUUGUGUGAAGCUCAUGAUGGCAUUUGUAGACAAGCGUUUCAUAUCAUAUAUGUUUUUAUGUACUGCUACAGUAUUCCUAUUUUCUAAUCUGUGCUCUUGACAUCUGGUGCAUUUAAUUAGUUUGCAGUUUAGUAUUUAUCAAGAGCUAUGAACUUCUUUUUAAAUAGAUUUUAGAUUUGUUUCCUUUUUUUCAGGAAUUUUAAAUGUUUUCGAAGCACUACAAAUAUGCCAAUACUGAUCUAGUCCCUCGAUAUCUUCAGGGAAUAUCUAUCUAUAAGUAUUUUCUGAUACCAGAGAUAAUUUUGCCUUCAUUUGGAUGAUUUUUGGGGCAGACACUUGUUUUUUUUUCUUGAUUUUAGUACCCCGGCUGAAAUCCAGUUCAAUAUAUGAACAUAUAAAUAUGUUUUUUUGUUUGUUUGUUUUUUGUUUUUUUCUACACAGGUCUAAUUUUUGUAUUGCAUGUUUGAUCUGUUUGAUAUUCAUAGCAUGGGGGGUGUAUAGACCCACCUCACCGUGACUUCUUUAUUGUUAAUGGUUACAAUGGUUAUAGAUGGGUUGUGAUGAAUUGAAGUGUGUUGGAUUUGUGGAUGGGGCAGACGGGGUGAUUUUUAGUAGCUGUAGGUCAAACUGAGCUCAUGACGUCCUUCAUGAGGACCGAACGGUUAAGUAGCGGGUCAAAAAGAGCCGAUACCAGCUGUUCUCCAACCCGAGUGACUUCAGAGACGUCCAUCUCUGUCGGUUUCUUCAGUUUUGGACAACUAAGGAUGAGAUUGGGUGUCUUGAGUGACACCCAGAAAGAGGGACCUUUUAAUGAUUGAAACACUUUUCUUUGAUAUAAACUGCUUUUCCAGAACCUAAAUCAUGCAAUAUCCCACAGAGUUGAAUAUAUGGCUUCAGAUACAUAAAAUGCUGAUUUUUUUAUUUUUUUGUGUUAAUGGGGUGAGAUGAAAUCUGGUGUGUCAUCUGUACUGGUUGAUGCCAGACUUAUGUAGCGCUUGACACUUCAGCAUGCUUUAGGUUUUGUAAGAAUGAAUGUUGCUGGAAAGCUCAGAAAACAAACUGCGUACCACAGAAAUAUGAUGGUGGUGAACUGUACGUGAGAAUAUGGCUGUAACCUCUAAGAAAUCUCUAAAAUUGUCAGUGAAAUCAAAAAGGAAAGAAUAAAAUGGUUUUAUCAGC